AUGGAAGACUCCGAACGGCGCAGCGUCAAGCGCUCCCGCUUUGACCAGACUGAACCUGAGCCAAAGCGAGCAUCGCGAUUUGACAGACGAUCGCGCUCUCCACCUCGAAGGCAGGAGACCGCGCGAGAGCGAAGCCCUCUUUCCAAGGCGCGCAACAGCUCAACCCCGGAUUCCAAAUCUCCACUUGAUCCAGCUGCAGCUGCUGCUGCUGCUGCUGCCAGGAUCAAUGCCCAGCUUCAAGCGCGCAAGGGCAUCCAGCAUGUCGAUGUUCCUCCUGUCAAGUCUAGUUCCCCGACAACUCAAUCCGGCGACGUAAACCACGCCUCCGCGAAUAUCAAUGGAGAGAUGUAUAUUUCCGACGGCGACUACAUCAAGGAUAUUGAAGUGAACGAUCUGCGAAACCGAUAUCUUGUGACCAAAGGGUCAACCCAGAAAAUGAUCAAAGAUGAAACUGGUGCCGAUAUUACCACUCGGGGUGCCUACUAUCCCGACAAGACUAUGGCGACGCCAGCGAACCCGCCGCUUUAUUUGCAUAUUACCAGCACCUCCAAAGAAGGACUUGAGCGAGCUGUUGCGAAGAUCGAGGAACUGAUGAAACAGGAACUUCCCCAGUUGGUCGACGAGAGACGCUUCCGCCGCAGAGACCAGGAACAGGUCGAGCGUGAUGAGUUUGGCCGCCGCAAAUGGCCCGAGGAGAAGAUCCCCAUCGACCUUGAACCGAUUCCUGGCUUCAACCUUCGUGCCCAGGUCGUUGGUCAUGGCGGAGCCUAUGUGAAGCAUAUCCAACAGGAAACCGGCUGCCGUGUCCAAAUCAAAGGCCGUGGCUCGGGUUAUGUUGAGCUUUCUACGGGACAGGAGAGCGAGGAGGAAAUGUUCCUGCAUGUUGCCGGCCCAGACGCUCAGAUGGUCCAGAAGGGCAAGGAAUUGUGCGAAGAUCUUCUUGCCAACGUGAAGGAGCAGUACGAAGAGUUCAAAGCCCGGCCACCUCGUAAUUUUGGCGGCUCAGGAGGAUAUGGCGAUCGAUCGCACAACCCAGGAGGCUAUGGCGAGCGGUCGCACGGCUCAGGAGGCUAUCAGGGGUAUAACAGGAACAACGGCUAUAGCAACUCGCCGGCGCCUGUCGCUGAGGUGGCGACUGCUUCGCCCCCCGCAGCAUCUGGCAACACCCCCGGUGCUGCUGAUUAUGCUGCCCAAUACGCGCAGUACUACGGAACCUCCGACCCCUAUGCCGCGUAUGGUGGUUACGCCGCAUAUAUGCAGAUGUACCAGCAAUGGGUUGCCGCGGCGCAGGCUGGACAACAAGGCGCUGCUGCUCCUCACCCGCCGGGCACCGCGGCAUCUCCGCCCCCUCCCCCGCCGAGCGAGGCAGCUCCACCGCCGCCACCGCCUUCCGGCUCUGCUCCUCCGCCACCCCCUCCAUCCGCCUCACCGCCCGGAAUGGGUGGAUAUAGCUCGGUCCCUCCUCCACCCGGUCUUUAA